UUGGCUAAUGAAGGUGUCAAUCAUUAUGCAUGCCCAGCCUUAACGGUAGCACGUUACCUCCUGCUGUAAACUCGGACCUGCCUGAGAAUCUCUACAACCGGUUGCAGACUCCUUGACCCCCCCACAUCCUUACUACUGAUCUCACCACCACCAUCAUGUGUAACAAGACAUCAGUAGGAGAGAACCAACUCCAGAGGAUUAUCAGAGAUCUACACGAAGCAGUGACUGAUCUGAGUAAGGAACACAGAGAGACGGGUGAACCAAUCACAGACGACAGCCCCAACCUGCAUAAACUGUCCUACAAACUAGAGUACCUUCUACAGUUUGACCAGAAGGAGAAGGCGGAUUUCCUAGGCAGCAGGAAGGAGUACUGGGAUUACUUCAGAGAGUGUCUUGCCAAGACCAGAGGAGUUAAUGACGGCCUCCGGUUUGUCAAGGCUAUACCAGAGUUAAAGACGUCCCUGGGUAAAGGUAGAGCGUUUCUCCGCUAUUCUCUGGUCCAUCAGCGUCUGGCUGAUACCCUACAACAGUGUCUACUCAACCACAAGGUUACCAGGAGGACUCUGGGGUCUAACUCCGCCCACCUGUGGAAACCUCCCAGUCGUUGUUCCAGUGUCAACAGCCUGGUCAGCUACUCAGGGUUGCAGGAGUUCAAAGGUCAAGAAGGCGGUUCCAGUUUGCUGGCUGACCUGGGGGAGGAGUUAGGGGAGCAGGGGGAGGAGCUACUUGGAGUCCCCACUCCCUGCACUGCCGCAGACGACCUACGCAUCCAGGUUGACCAUACAGAGCUCAGACAGCAGGAGCUGCUGCACCAAUCAGAGGCGAGACAGGCGAAAUUGCUACAGCGAGUCAGAGAGCUAGACCAGGAGGCAGAGGGGCUGAGGGACGAGGUCAGAGAGCUGCAGGGGAAGCUAUUGGCUCACAACCAGGAAGCUGUGGCAGCCAACCUCAACAACAUGGAUCUGUUGUCUAAACUAGACAGCCAGGAGAAGGCGAGGCUGGAGGAGGAGAGGGACACAAUGCUACAACAGACCCAGGUUCUGCAGGAGGAGGAGGAGAGGGACACAAUGCUACAACAGACCCAGGUUCUGCAGGAGGGAGAGGAGAGAAAGGAGAAGGGGGAGGUGCAGGAUGAGAAGGAGGGAGAGGAGAGGAAGGAGAAGAGGGAGGUGCAGGAGGAGAGGGAGGGAAAGGAGAGGGAGGAGCAGGAAUGGAAGGUGAUGGAGAAGCAGCUUCAGGAGUUGAGGGAGGAGCUGAGGUCCAGGGACAGAGAACUGACGGAGAGUAGAGAGAAGAUCAGACAAUUGGAGGAGGAGAACACUGACAGACUGACUGGGGCGGGGCAGGAGAGRGAGAAGGGAGAGAUGGAUGGAGAGAAGGAGAAACUAGGAACAGAGAAAGAGACUGACGAGUGUUCUCAUAGUAAUCUACAUAAGGCUGGGUCUGCAGAGGGACUGUCUAUGGAGAAGAACCAGCAUCUUUCCUCUAAGUCUGAGCCCCAGACCCAGAACCUCUCCCCCUGUCCCCAGACCCAGCAGCUCCUCCACCCAGCUGUGUUGGUGGACCAGCUGCAGCUGAGCCAGGGGGAAGUGCUGCGGCUGCAGACGGAGGUUGUGGAGCUGAGAGCCCGGGUGCAGCUGGGAGCAGAGCUGCAGAUAAGGAGUCAGGUGGAGGGGCUCAACAGACAGCAGGUAGAGGAGCUGCUGCUGGCCCAGGAGAGGGAGGAGGCUCUGGGGCAGGAGCAGCGCCGCAAGACUCAGACUUCACAAGGCCUAGUCCUAGAGCUGGCCUCCGCCAGGGAGGAACUCCACAGCCUGAAGACACGCUACGAUGGCCUGGCCCUGGAGCAUGGAGACAUCCGGGAGGCCCUGGACCACGCCAACAGAGAGACAGCAGAGCUCGGGGUCCACAUCUGCAGGCUCACCGCCCAGAAUGAGGAGGCGCGAGAGCGAUGGGAGGCGCUGUCCACCAGGUUUCAGGAGGAGCUGAACACCAGCAUGACCUCCCUGCAGCAGGAAAACCUCGGCCUGCAGGAGCAGCUGCUGAAGGAGCGGGAGGAGAAGGGGAGGCUGGGGGAAGAAGAGCAAGGAGACAUCAGGGCUCAGAAGGAGACACAGCAGGAGGAGAUCCAGGCGCUCUGCUAUCAGCUCAGCAACCAGACCAUAAACCACCAGACACAGUUACAG